AUGGGAGAUGAAGAUUGGGAAGCAGAAAUAAUUAAACCUCAUGUGUCUUCCUACGUUCCUGUAUUUGAGAAGGAUAGGUAUUCUUCUGGAGCAAAUGGAGACACUUUUAACAGGACUCCAGCUUCAUCAGAAAUAGAUGAUGGAUCUUCUCGAAGAGAUCAUUUCAUGAGAAGCGGAUUUGCCUCUGGGAGGAGUUUGGGAAACAGAGAUGCUGGCGAGUCUAAUAAAAGAGAGAAUACUUCCACAAUGGGUGGUUUUGGAGUAGGAAAGUGUUUUGGAAACAGAGGUUUUUCAAAUAACAAGUUUGAAGAAGGUGAUAGCUCUGGUUUCUGGAGAGAGGCUAAUAAUGACUGUGAAGAUAAUCAAACACGGAACAGAGGGUUUUCCAAGAGAGGAGGCUAUCAAGAUGGAAAUGAUUCAGAAGCUUCAGGGUCAUCCAGAAGAGGUGGAAGAGGUAGCUUCCGAGGUUGCCGUGGAGGAUUUGGUCUAGGAAGUCCAAAUAGCGAAUUUGAACAAGAUGAGGGAACGCAGCGCACCAGUGGCCUUUUUGGAUCCAGAAGACCAGCAUUAAGUGGCACAGGUAAUGGUGACAUUUAUCAAAGCAGAAGUGGCAGUGGAAGUAGACGAGGUGGUUAUAAAGGUUUAAAUGAAGAAAUAAUAACAAGCUCUGGAAAGAAUUCUUGGAAGUCAGAAGCUGAAGGAGGAGAAAGUGGUGACACUCAAGGACCGAAAGUGACCUAUAUACCACCUCCUCCACCUGAGGAUGAGGACUCCAUCUUUGCACAUUAUCAGACAGGCAUAAACUUUGACAAAUAUGAUACUAUUCUUGUAGAAGUAUCUGGACAUGAUGCACCACCAGCAAUUUUGACUUUUGAAGAAGCUAAUCUCUGUCAGACACUGAAUAGCAACAUUGCGAAAGCCGGUUAUACUAAACUUACUCCUGUGCAAAAAUACAGUAUUCCUAUUAUACUAGCAGGACGGGAUUUGAUGGCUUGUGCUCAGACAGGAUCUGGAAAAACUGCAGCUUUUCUCUUGCCAAUUUUGGCUCAUAUGAUGCGUGAUGGAAUAACUGCCAGUCGUUUUAAAGAACUGCAGGAACCAGAGUGUAUUAUUGUAGCACCAACUCGAGAAUUGAUCAAUCAGAUCUAUUUGGAAGCCAGAAAAUUUUCUUUUGGGACUUGUGUAAGAGCCGUUGUUAUAUAUGGGGGAACCCAGUUGGGGCAUUCAAUUCGACAGAUAGUACAAGGCUGUAAUGUAUUAUGUGCUACUCCUGGGAGACUGAUGGAUAUCAUAGGUAAAGAAAAGAUUGGUCUCAGGCAAGUCAAAUAUUUAGUUUUGGAUGAAGCUGAUCGCAUGCUGGAUAUGGGUUUUGGACCAGAAAUGAAGAAGUUAAUUUCUUGCCCAUUUCAAACUAAAUGUCUUUUGUUGGCCGCGGAUUUUUUAAAGUCUAAUUAUUUGUUUGUUGCUGUUGGACAAGUGGGUGGAGCAUGUAGAGAUGUUCAGCAGACCAUUCUCCAAGUUGGCCAGUACUCAAAAAGAGAAAAACUUGUCGAAAUUCUACGAAACAUAGGUGAUGAAAGAACUAUGGUCUUUGUUGAAACUAAGAAAAAAGCAGAUUUUAUUGCUACUUUUCUUUGUCAAGAAAAGAUAUCAACAACAAGUAUUCAUGGUGAUCGGGAACAGAGAGAGAGAGAACAAGCUCUUGGAGAUUUUCGCUGUGGAAAGUGCCCAGUUCUUGUUGCUACUUCAGUAGCUGCCAGAGGGUUGGAUAUUGAAAAUGUUCAACAUGUUAUUAAUUUUGACCUUUCUUCCACCAUUGAUGAAUAUGUUCAUCGAAUUGGGCGUACUGGUCGUUGUGGAAAUAUUGGCAGAGCUAUUUCCUUUUUUGAUCCUGAAUCAGAUAGCCAUUUAGCACAGCCUCUGGUGAAAGUACUGUCAGAUGCUCAACAGGAUGUUCCUGCGUGGUUGGAAGAAAUUGCCUUUAGCACAUAUGUUCCUGGCUUCAGUGGUAGUACAAGAGGAAAUGUGUUUGCAUCAGUUGAUACUAGAAAGAAUUACCAAGGCAAGAGCACUUUGAACACAGCAGGGUUUUCUUCUUCACAAGCUCCCAGUCCAGUAGAUGAUGAGUCAUGGGAUUAA